UUUAACGAUCUUUUUUAACGUUUUUGUUUCUUUUUAAUAAUAACUAACAGAGAGUUAACGGAGUGUGAUAGCGAUUCUUAUUUUCUCUCUCAAACCCAAACCCUAUAUUGUGAUUGGCUUAUAUUCAAAUUCUACGAGAAAAUAGUUUAUCGUCAUUCUUCAACCUCAAACACAAACCCAUAUUGCCAUUGAACUGUAUUUGAAUUAUCAACUCGAGUUUGAGCGAGCUCAGGUUGUAUAAUCCUCUUAGGUUUGUAAUCUACGAGCAAUUUCACAUCUUAAUUUUUUUGAAACUGUAUCUUCUUGUCUCUCAAGUCGUAAGUGUGUUGUUAUUGUUUUGGAUUUUGGUUUAGAUUUUCAAUUGGAAAUGAGAGAAUAAUGGCGGUGAAGAAUAGGAGGAGGAAAUGAUCGAGUGCGGUGUGCUAUGUUGCGCCAUUCUCUAUUCAGAAUCUUCAAUGGAUCUCCACAAUUUCUUCUGUGUAAUUUUCUCUCCAUCUCUUUUUGUAUAUGUGUAUGUAUAAUGCCACGUUUCAGCUCGAUAUCUUUGUUGUAUUUGAAUUAUCGACUUGAGUUUGAGCAAGCUCAGGUUGUAUAAUCCUCUUAGUUCAGAUUUUCCAUUAGAAACAAGAGAAUAAUGGCGGUGAAGAAUAGGAGGAGGAGGGGAUUUGGUGCGGUGUGUUAUGCUCCGACACUCUCUGUUGGGAAUCUUUAAUGGAUCUCCACAAUUUUUUUUGUGUUGAGUACUGAAUAAGAAAACGUGGGCAAAAGCGUACAGAAACAGUAGAAGAAUUGUCGGAUGAUAAGCGAGCCUGCAACUCUUUGGAGUUCAGAUCGAGUUCAUCAAAUUCAUCUGUUCAAACUCAUAUGAAUUCUACUAAUUCUAGUGCUAAAACCGGUGACCAUGAUAUGGAUACUACAUCUUCUGCUUCGGCCUCUAGCCGGUCUGAGGGAGAGCCCGAAAAGGAUUCAACAUAUGGGUCUUGUGACUCUGAUGAUGCAGAGCAAAGACACUCUAAGCUUAGAGACUAUCAGAGGCGAAGAACUUCUGGUGAUCGUGAAAAAUUCAAGAGGAUCUUAUUAGUUUUGAAUGAAGAAACAGAGGAGUCUGGGCAGUUAGUCGUGUUUACAAAGCUAUGUGAAGUGUUGUCAUUUUGUACAGAGAAUUCACUUUCUAGCAUGACAGCUGACUCCAUUAUCUCCUUAUCUUGUUUUCUGCUCCGACAUGAUGCAGUUCCUGCUCUUUGUCAAAGACUGAUGGCAAUUAAAUACUUGGAUGUGGCGGAGCAGUGUCUGCAAGCAUUGGAGAAAAUAUCGUGGGAGCAGCCACUCGCUUGUUUGCAGGUUGGUGAUGGUUGUACUGAAUUUUAUCGAUUUCUUCUCAACAAGCAUUCAUGUAAGAUUGCAUCUAAUAUGUAUGUGAGCUUUGAAAUUUUUUGUGUCACGUUUACUGCAUUGCAAUGCCUUUUUAAUUAUGUAUUCCUAUGCAGUGCUCAAAUUGAUUUACUUUUUUUUUCGAGACCUAGCAUUUAUUUAAGUUAUUUAUUUGUUCCACUGUGAUGAACUUAUGCAAUAAACUUCAUUUUGAAUGUGCCUCCCAUUCUAUGAAGGUUGUUCUGAUAUUAUGCAAUCUUUUUCAUUAUGAAGAUAAGGAGGUACUUGAAGUGUUCAAGGUUUUUCAGGACUUUGUCACAUAUUUUCUUGUUUUGAGACAUAUUAUUGAGUCAUUGACCAUCAUGCUCAUGCUUCUGGUUUAUUUUUAGUUUGUUGACAAUGUGGCUCUCUACUUGAUUAGAAUUACAAACAGAGUUAGGAAGUCUCCUGAGAUGCUGGAUGAACUUUGCAAGCAUGGGUUAAUUGAGUAGACCACUCAUUUCAUAAACUCAAGUAGCCGAACUAUUGUGUCACUAUCAAUUUAUAAUGUACGGUACUUAUUGUUACUAGUUUAUAAUGUACGGUACUUAUUGUUUGUAACCAUUUGAAUUCACAUUUCAAAAGUAAAGAGACAUGAGGAAGGUUUCUCGAUUUGGAAUGUAUAUGUAUAUCAUAUAUUAUAUAUUUAUUGUAUUAUAAUAUUACAUUUCAUAUUUGUUAUUAUAUUUAAUAUUUACAAAUAUUU